AUGAACAUCAACUCCCUCCUCUCGCCCAGCGAGUCGCCCGCAACGCCUGAAGAGCCACCGUCCAACCCACCUCCAAGGGCACGGCCAGCGGGUGGCAAACGAACGACGUCCGGCUUGAGCCAGGAAGUUCGACGCUCGCCUGAAGGCGCAACAUCGACGCCAUCUUCGCGCCCAUCGUCAGCGUACGACUCGCCCAGCAAGAAUCAACGCGCCUUUCCACGGCAGUCUGCGCCUGUGCCUGCGGCGCCGGGCUUUCGACCUGCUGCGCGAGCGACACCGACCAGCAAUCCAGCACCUGCGCAAGACUCUCCCUCAUACCAUGGGCAUUCAUCAAGCCAGCAGCGGCCUGUAGUUGCGCAUCGGGUCUCGUCGACCCCGCAGAUGGAGACAUUGGCUGACUUGGCAUCUAUGCAAAAUCGCCACCAAGCGACUCGCGCAUCCUCUUUGAACGGCAUACCACGAUCUACUACCAAGCAGGACUCACGCUCACCAUCUCUCAUCAACCCCAAUCAGGGCGGCCGUCCUGCUCCUUUCCGCAACUCCUCUGGCCAGUCACUUGCAGAUAUCACCAUGGCGGAAGCCCCAUCCUCCACGCCGCCACCGCGCACCUUCGAGUCCGCGGCUCUAUCAGAAACAGAGUCGGCCACCGUCACUGAGCUCCUCCAACAUCUGAAUGAGAACUCCUGGGCCUACGACUCGCAUGUCCAACUCAUCGCCCUACUCCACAAAGGCUUUCUCGCGCACGUCUAUCCGCCUGCCGAUAGCAAUGGGACCACGCCACGAGAUCCCAAAGCUUACAGCUUUCUUACCGAACUACGUCAGGCGCGCGAGGCGAUGAAAAGUCGUUUUGCGCUUGGCGAAGAUCUGUGGGUUGAAUGGCUUUCUGAUGAGAUGCUACUGGCUUCUUCAUGGGAGGAGCGCACCACUUUGACUGAGCUCUUCGAGAAAGCGGUGGAGAGCGAGCCGGCUUCAGUGAAGCUGUGGCGCAUGUGGGUUGACUAUGUCUCCUCGAACUACGCCGAUUGCAACAAUCUGGAUGGCGCCGACCAAAGCGGUUGGACUGAGGAGGACAAGGAGGUCUGCCGCGAGCUCUUCACCCGCGAUAUGAUGCUGGGCAUUCUCGAAAAGGGACAAGCUGCAACUCAGUGGCGAAUGGACGAAAGCCAGCUUCUGUGGGACCCUUUCGCACAGCUCGUUCAGGAAAGUUUCCCUGAUACGGCAGCACCGAAAGAUGUGGACCAGCUGUUCACUCUGUUUGUACAGCGGCUGCAGACACCGCAUAUCGUGUGGGAGGAUACUGCGCAAGCGUUCUGGCCACUGGUUUCACGCCAUCGAAGCAAUGAUUGGGAAUCAGUAAUGCGAGAUGUCACUGAGUUGGCUGGCCCUGCAAAGCGCGCAAUGGGUCUGCGUGAAGAACAGGAACUCAACCUCAGAAGAGCGGUUGAAGGUGACAACCGCAUGGAAGCUUUCAAUGCAUUCGCGCAAUACCUGGAAUUGGAGAAGAAGAUCUCAAAGAAGCCCAAGCAGCAAGGCCCGUUCGAUGGCCACCUCAGGUGUGCCGUGUAUGAACGAGCUUUGCUCCGCUUUCCGACCUACGUGGAUUGGUGGUUGGACUAUGUGGACUACAUCAUCACCGCCAAAGCGCCAACAUCGGUCGUAGCACUGAUUGAGCGAGCAGUUAAUCAUUGUCCAUGGUCCGGAGAUCUGUGGGCAAGGUGGAUCCUGCAAUCAGAUGUGGAGGGCAUGUCUCGCGAAGACAUCGAGAAGAUCAAACAUCGUGCGACCAACUCUGGACUGCUUGAUAUUGGCGGUAUGGAGGAGCUGGUCAAAGUGCUGAUACAGUGGUGCAGCUAUCUACGCCGGCAUGCGUUCCGACCGAACUGCUCAGAGGAUGAUCUCGACACAGCAGAAGUCGGCAUCACCAUGGCGCUGGAGGACAUCCAACAAGCUGGUACCAGGAUCUAUGGCAAAGACUUCCACGGCGAUCCAUUGUACCGACUCGAGCGCAUCCAGAUCAAGUUUCUAUCGGAAGCACGCCGCUUCGAAGACGCCCGCGGAAUCUACAGAGCGCUCGCAGACAAGCAGAAGAACGUCGCUGAGUUCUGGCUGACAUAUUACAAUUGGGAACUGUGGCUGUGGGGCUUUGACCGGAUGGCUGACAAGCAUCGGGUUGAGACGGCGAAUAACGGACCUGACAAAGCUACUGCUGUGGCGCAACAAGCGCUGAGCCAGCGAAGCCUGGAUGAGCCGGAGAAAAUCUUGAGCACGUACUUGAACCACUUUCAGCAGCACGAGUCAGGCGAGAAGUUGCGUGCGGCCCUUGUGCAAUCGAGAGAGUUUUCGAGAGGACUGGCGAUUCGAAGGGCUAAGGAAGCUGAAGAAGCCGCGGCGCAGCCAGCAGUGUACCAAGCUCCUGCGACCGAUGCUGCAAACGCAAGCGCAGUACAAGGAAGAGAGAAGAGGAAACGAGAAGACGAUGCCUUGACAAACGGCACCAGCGACAAAAAGGCCAAGAUUACCAACGGAGAAGAGCCGGCAUCGGGCUUUGGAGAGCCUUCUGGAUCUGCUUCUGCCCAGGUCAAGCGCGAUCGCGAGAACAACACGAUCACGGUGAAGAAUCUGCCGGCUGAUGUACAGGAGCUUGACGUCAGGAAGUUCUUCAAGGAUGUUGGUACGAUAGUUUCUGUCACGUGGUUGGAAGACAGGGCGACUACCACCGCCAUGGCCAUUGUCGAGUUCGAGAGCCAUGAAGAUGUACUCGCCGCAAAGACGCGGAAUGGCAGAGACCUGAACGGCAGUGAGGUGCGCAUCCAGGGCGGCAGCCAGAGCACGCUCUACGUCACCAACUACCCGCCCGAGUACGAUGAAGCUGCCAUCCGCAAGCUGUUUGCGAGCUACGGCGAGAUCAUCAGCGUUCGUCUGCCAUCACUCAAGUACGAGAACAGGCGACGCUUCUGCUACGUGCAAUUCCUCACCACAGAAAUGGCGAAAGCCGCCGAGGCAGCGAUGGACAACAAAAUGCUGGAUGGCAGCCACAAACUCCUCGCAAAGAUCUCCGACCCAGACGCCAAAAAACAGCGCUCCGGCGCACAAGCAGAAGGCCGCGAACUCUUCGUCAAGAACCUCCACCGCGAAGCCUCCGACGACGACAUCAAAACCUUCUUCGAGCAGUACGGCUCCGUCGUGCACAUGAACAUGGUCAAGCUCGUCAACGGCAAACGCACCGGCACCGGCUUCAUCGUCUUCUCCAGCACCACGGAAGCCAAUGCCGCGCUUGAAGCGGACAAUAAACCCUUCCGCGACCGCAUCUUGCACGUCGAGCUCUCGUCCGCCAAAGGCCGGGCGGACCCUCGCGAACGCGCAAGGAAAGAGGACGUCAUCAUCAAACAAGGCGGCGCCUCCUUAUCCCCAGAACCUGCCGACGCAGCGAACGGCCGCCGUGGCUCAGACGUCUCAAUGGCCUCAGCCCAACAAGACGACGCCUGGAAAACGGCCAAAGAGCGCAAGAUCGCCGUCCUCAACCUCCCGGACACCGUCAACGACGCCCGCGUGCGCGCGGCGAUGGAAGCGUACGGUCCGCUGGUGAAGAUCCAAAUGCGCCGGGGCGACGCGGGCGCGAUCGUGGAGUUUGCGAAUGUGAAGGAUGCGUUUCACGUGCGGCAGGGGGUGGAUUGUGCUUCGCUUGGGGACGGGGUGCGAACGGGGGAUGUGGGGGAUUUGCUUGCGAAGGUGAGGAAGAGGCAGGCUGCUGAGGGGAAGGAGGGGGCUGGGGUGGUAGGUGGGAAGGUGAGUAAGGAUGGGUUUGGCGGGAUGGCGCCGGCUGGGGUUGCGAGACCGGGGCAGCGUGGGGGGAGGAGGGGGGGUUUGGGAUUUAAGAGGGGGGCUGGGUUUGGGGCCGGGAAGAGUGGUGGUGGGGGUGAGGCGGAGGGGGUGGAGAAGGUGGGGGCGAAGAGUAACGCGGACUUCAGGUCGAUGUUUGUGAAGGGGAAGGAGGCUGUGGAGUAG